GGGUCAAGGGCCCGUGGGCGCGCGUACUCGCUCCUCCAGGAGCUCGCCUCCGAGUGCGCGCGCGGAUGGGCGGUACUCGGAGCUGCGCGGAGGCGGGCAGGCUGAGAACGGCCGGGUGGACUCGGUGGGGGCCAGUAGUUACUUGUUAGAGUCAGUUGCUUUGGUGGCGGUGGUGGCCGCGGUGACCAAGAAGGGGACUGGGCCACCAGCGAUGGUGGUCACCGCGGCAGCUUGUGCGUGCCUCAGAUCAAGAGCUGCUAGAUACAGUUGAAAGUCUUGCCAUGCACUGAAAGGGAAGCAUUGUAUGUGAAGUUCUAUUUUCUAAAAUGUCUGCCUGUAACACCUUUACUGAGCACAUUUGGAAACCUGGUGAAUGCAAGAAUUGCUUUAAACCUAAAAGCUUGCACAAGCUCCCUCCUGACCCUGAGAAGACAGCCAUCACCCACGGCCAUGUGAAAACUAAUGCCAAUCACAGUAACAACCACCAUAUCAGGAACACUGCAAAUUUCCGGCCUCCUGUUGCUAAAAAACCCACUAUAGCUGUGAAGCCCACCAUGAUGGUGGCAGAUGGGCAAAGUGUAUAUGGUGAGCUUAACAUCCAAGGACCCUGUGAGAACAAACCUGUCAUUAUAGAGAGGAACCGAAACAGGACAGCCUUGAAUCAGAAACCACUCAAUAAUAAUAAUAAUGAAGAUGAUAUUGAAGGAGUUAGCCAUGUUUCUAAACCUUUUGGCAAUAAUGACAGUGCAAAGAAGAUAUCAAGUAACAAUAAUGGACUAACUGAAAUGUUGAAGGAGAUAGCAGGCUUGGAUACUACUCCUCAGAUAAGAGUAAAUGAAACAAAUGCCAAAGAAAUAUUCUUAGGAAGAAUAAAUGAUUGCUAUAAACGAUCACUGGAAAGAAAGCUUCCACCAAGUUGCAUGAUGGGUGGGAUAAAGGAUACUCAGGGCAAGCAUGUUAUUCUGAGUGGGAGCACAGAAGUGAUCAGUAAUGAAGGGGGCCAGUUCUGUUACCCAGAGUUUUCUAGUGGAGAGGAGUGUGAGGAAGAUGUACUUUUCAGUAACAUGGAAGAGGAGCAUGAAAGCUGGGAUGAGAGUGAUGAAGAGCUGUUGGCCAUGGAGAUUCGUAUGAGAGGGCAACCUCGAUUCGCUAACUUUAGGGCAAAUACUUUGUCUCCUGUUCGAUUCUAUGUGGACAAAAAAUGGAAUACUGUCCCUCUGCGAAAUAAGUCUCUGCAGAGAAUCUGUGCUGUAGACUACGAUGACAGUUAUGAUGAGAUCCUGAAUGGUUAUGAAGAGAAUUCUGUGGUCUCCUAUGGACCAGGAAGCAUUCAGAGCGUGGCAUCAUCUGACUCCACAUCACCAGAUUCUUCUUUAACAGAAGAAUCACGUUCUGAGACAGCCAGUAGUUUAUCCCAGAAGAUCUUUAAUGGAAUAUCUCCUGGUACCCCAGGAUAUUCUAAGGACAUGAAGGAAAGUGAGCCCAAUUAUGAAAGUCUCUCUGGUAACAAUCAAGAGGAUUCAUCACAAGCAUCCAAAAUCUCAGAAAAAAUUCCAGAGACACACAAAGCAGUCCUUGCUCUCCGAUUAGAAGAGAAAGAUGGCAAGAUUGCUGUACAAACUGAGAAUCAAGAAAGAAAAGCCUCUACAGAUACUGCUGGGCAAGCAGUAAUCAUAAACCUUAUUCCUGUACAAGAGCAAGCAAAGCCCUACCGCAUAGUGAACCUUGAGCAGCCGUUGUGCAAGCCAUAUACUGUUGUAGAUGUGUCAGCAGCAAUGGUUAGUGAGCACCUCGAGGGCCCUGUUUACAGCCCCAAGACAAAAAGCUCAUCUUCUACUCCAAACUCUCCAGUGACAUCACCUAUAUCAACAUCAGGACAAAUAAGUGCCCAUUUUCAAAAAUCCAGUGCAAUUCGAUACCAGGAAGUAUGGACAUCCAGUACCAGUCCACGACAAAAGAUACCUAAGGUGGAAUUAAUUAGUGGCGGAACUGGGCCAAAUGUCCCUCCAAGGAAAAACUGUCACAAAUCAGCACCUACUUCACCCAUUGCUGCAAAUGUUUCCUCUAAAACCAUCCCUGUUAAGUCACCUAAUUUGUCUGAAAUAAAAUUUAAUAGUUAUAACAAUGCUGGUAUGCCCCCUUUUCCAAUUAUCAUUCACGACGAGCCAACUUAUGCUCGGAGUUCCAAAAAUGCUAUCAAAGUUCCCAUUGUAAUUAAUCCAAAUGCAUAUGACAAUCUAGCCAUCUAUAAAAGUUUUCUUGGAACAAGUGGAGAACUUUCAGUGAAGGAAAAAAACACAAGUAUGAUAAGCCAUACUUAUGAAGAAAUAGAAACUUCAAGCAAAGUGUCUGAUGAUACCACUGGCAACCCCACUGAUUGUCCCCAAGCUAAAGGGUUUUCAAAUAGCACAGAAUGUAAAAGGGGCUCAGUGGCUCAGAAAGUCCAGGAGUUUAACAGCUGUCUUAACAGAGGUCUGUCUUCCCCACAGAGAAGCUGUAGUUCCAACCACAGCUCCCCAACUAAGAGCCAGAGAACCACUCAAGAACCUGUUGCCAGAACAGAAGGCACUCAGGAGUCUCACAUGGUGGGGAGUGGCAGCAGCAACAAGGAGAAAGCAAGCAUAGUGCUUUCUCAAAUUGUGGCUUCUAUCCAACCCCCACAGUCCCCUCCAGAAAUGUCCCAGUCAGGCCUUAAAACUUGCAGUGUGGAAGAGCUUUAUGCAAUUCCUCCAGAGGUUGAUGUUACUAAAAGUACACCAGUCCGGCCAAAAUCUCUCUUUCCAUCUCAUUCCAGUGGUGAGCAUGAAGCACCUCAGACCACAGAAAAUCUUACCACUAAAGUACAAAAAGAUACACUGGCAAAGCAAGUCACAACCUCUCCCUCCAAGUUAGUGAUUAACCCCCAGAGUGAGCCAUCACCUCCUUUUCCUCCACCACGUUCUACGUCCUCCCCUUACCACGCAAGUAACCUUUUGCAGAAGCAUUUCACCAACUGGACCAAGCCAACCAGCCCUACCAGGUCAACAGAAGCUGAAUCCGUUUUGCACUCUGAAGGCAGCAGGCGGGCAGCUGAUGCAAAACCUAAACGCUGGAUAUCAUUUAAAAGUUUCUUCCGUCGUUGGAAAACAGAUGAGGAGGACAACAAAGAGAAAGAACGAGAGAAAGGGAAACUGGUGGGUCUGGAUGGCACAGUCAUCCACAUGCUGCCCCCUCCUCCAGUCCAGCACCAACACUGGUUCACAGAGGCAAAAGGAGAAUCCAGUGAGAAGCCAGCCAUCAUCUUCAUGUACAGGUGUGACCCUGCCAAAGGCCAGCCCAGUGUAAAUCAAAGUAAGGCCCGAGCAGACCAGUCAGCAAUCAUGGAGAAGGGUGGAACACAGGAUGAGUUACUACAGGUCUCAGAGGAGAAGAAGAAAAGGAGUCAUUCUUCUCCAUCACAGAUUCCUAAAAAAAUGCUCAGUCAUGUGAGCCAUGAAGUGACAGAGGAUUUUUCUCCUUGGGAUCCAAGAACUGUUGUUGUGAAGCAAGAUGGUGGAAGCUGCACACCAGCAUUGCCCAUACCUGAACUGGAAAGGGAAGAGGAAAAAGAAGACAUUUCAGAUCCUAUAGACCUGAAUCCUUGUAGUGCAAUAUAUAGCAACUUAGGGCAAUCUAGAGCAGCUAUGAUACCUCCCAAGCAUCCACGGCAGCCUAAGGGGGCUUUGGAUGAUGCCAUAACCUUUGGUGAGAAAACAGACCAAGAAGCACCUAAUGCCUCCCAAGCUGAACCACCCCCACUACCAAAGAAAAUGAUCUUAAGAGCCAACACAGAGCCAAUCUCCAAAGACCUCCAAAAAUCCAUGGAAACUAGUCUUUGUGUCAUGGCUAAUCCCACCUAUGAUAUCGAUCCCAACUGGGAUGCCAGCAGUGCUGGCUCUUCCAUCAGUUAUGAACUCAAGGGACUGGACACUGAGUCUUAUGACUCCUUAGAGAGACCUUUACACAAGGAGCGACCAGCAAACAGCAUCUCCAGUUUAACCACUCUAAAUAUUAAGGAUAGAUUUUCCAACAGUAUGGAGUCCCUGUCCAGUCAACGUGGUCCCUCUUGGAGACAGGGCCAAGGCAUCCAGAAGCCACAGAGACAUGCACUUUAUCGAGGACUUGAGAAUCGGGAAGAAGUGGUGGGAAAAAUCCGAAACCUUCAUACAGAUGCCUUAAAGAAAUUGGCUAUUAAAUGUGAAGACCUCUUUAUGGCUGGGCAGAAAGACAAACUCCGUUUUGGGAUGGACAGCUGGUCAGACUUCAGGCUAACCAAUGACAAGCCAUGUUGUGAGGCAGGUGAUGCAGUUUACUACACAGCUUCAUAUGCAAAAGAUCCACUUAAUAGUUACGCAGUCAAGAUCUGUAAGAGCAAAGCUAAAGAAUCUCAGCAGUAUUAUCACAGCUUGGCUGUUCGGCAGAGUCUGGCUGUCCAUUUUAACAUCCAGCAGGACUGUGGUCAUUUCCUUGCUGAAGUCCCUAAGCGUCUGCUUCCCUGGGAAGAUCCUGAUGCCCCUGAAGAGGAAGAGAAUGAAAUACAAGAGAAUGAAGAAGAUAUGAAAGGAGAAAUUGAUGGGAAAAGCCCAGAGUCGUGCUUUGAAACAGAGUCAUCCCAGAAAGAAAGCCAGGGAGUCAUUAGCAAAAAGCAGAGAAGUCACGUUGUAGUCAUCACCAGAGAGGUUCCCUAUCUCACCGUGGCUGAUUUUGUGCAGGACUCUCUAAUCCACCAUGGGAAAAGCCCUGAUUUGUAUGAGAGGCAAGUGUGUCUGCUGCUCUUACAGCUGUGCUCCGGCCUUGAACACCUCAAACCCUACCACGUCACUCAUUGCGAUCUACGUCUGGAGAACCUGCUGCUUGUCCACUACCAGCUCGGGGGAACCACCCAAGGCCUUGGGCCUAAAGAACUCAAUCCCACCUCAUCUUGUCUCACGAGGCUUAUAGUAAGCAACUUCUCUCAGGCCAAGCAGAAGAGCCACCUGGUGGAUCCUGAGAUUCUCCGUGACCAGUCUCGCCUUGCCCCAGAGAUCAUAACAGCCACCCAGUACAAAAAGUGUGAUGAGUUCCAGACAGGGAUCCUCAUCUAUGAGAUGCUACACCUGCCCAACCCCUUUGAUGAGAACCCAGAACUGAAGGAGAAGGAGUACACUCGAGCAGACCUGCCUCAAAUCCCACUCCGCUCCCCUUAUUCAUGGGGCCUUCAGCAGCUGGCCAGCUGCCUCCUGAACCCCAACCCUUCUGAGCGUAUCCUCAUUUCAGAUGCCAAAGGUGUCCUCCAGUGUCUGCUCUGGGGCCCCAGGGAAGAUCUCUUCCAGACUUUCACCACUGCCUCCAGCCCAGUGCAGAGGAAUGCCCUGCUCCAAAACUGGCUGGACAUCAAGCGAACAUUGCUGAUGAUCAAGUUUGCUGAAAAGUCCCUGGAUAGGGUGGGUGGGAUCAGCCUUGAGGACUGGUUAUGUGCUCAAUAUUUGGCUUUUGCUACUCCUGACUCCCUCAGUUGUAUUGUGAAAAUCCUGCAACACCAUUAAUGUAUCCUGGUUGUUGCUUUUACUUUAUCUUCUCCUUCUUCAAGUCACCCACACACUUGCACAUCCUAGUACUCACACGGAAUUCAAGGAAAGAAGAGAGACAAACUGUUCAUUCCUGUUCACAAACAAAUGCAUUUACUCAGAAGGUUAUCACAGCUUCAAAUCAAGUGAUAAGCUGAGUCUGUCUUAACUUCACAGAAAUUCAACUGCACAUUCAGUUUACUUUCCUUUAGAACACUUUUCACUCUAUUGUCCCACAAAUACAGGUAAAAAAUGAAAAUGAACAUUUUUAAGGGACAGCUCCUUUGGUAUGAACUCAGUGAGUUAUGUCCAUUUGCUCCAUAAUUCUGAAUUUUACCUGUCUUUUUAACAUCAAGUAUUUAUUCUCUCUAGUAAUCAAUAGAUUUGACCAAUUCUUACCAUCAUCCACUAAGCUCUCACAGCAGACGUUUUUCCUCUGUUACCAGGCAGAACUACCAUGCUUAGUGUCCACCCAAUUUUGGCUCCUGGGACUAUAUUCUUCGUUCCAGUGGAUAGUAGAAGGACAAGGAGAGAAUCCAUCCCUUGGAUCAUGGACCAGUUUUCAUUUCUAUUAUCAAUAAGAAGGUGUACUGCAUGAAGGAUGGCCCUAACAAUUUCCCCUCUGCUGCUACUGCCUGAUUCUCCUUCACCUCUACUCUGUCCCCACUUGCCAUUGAAGUUUGGGUUUAUUGGCCACCUGUGGCUUGUUACAGAGCUGACCCACAGUGGUGUCACCCAUUCCUCAUCAGAGUGGAGUGCAGUUUAGAUCUUAUAAAGAGCUGGCAAUACAGAAGGAGAUGAUUUUUCUGCAUGUGCAGUUCUCUAGGGACCGUUGGGGAACAGAGUUUAAAGUACUGUUCUUUGAUUACUGUCAAAGUUGGCAGCCAGGGCUAGUGGUGCCCAGAUUAUAGCUUUUCCUGUCAAGCAUUAAUUGGCCAGCUUCCUACUAUCAGUAGCCAGUAUUAACUAGUCUACCAAAUGCUAUAGACAACUGCCCUGAAUAAAACAGCUGUCAGUCCACCUACAAGACUUCCUUAAAGGGCAUGGCACAGAUGGCUAUUGUAAUUGCCAGAGGCAGGAGAAGGGAAGAAGGCCAUGGACAAGACUGCUGCUGACCACCUCCUCAGGAUACAGACCUUUUCUGGAGAGACUGCCUCCCAGUUGCCCUGGCACAUUGCUCCUUAUGAUUCUGAAAUGGCUCUGGAGCACAGAUGACAGGGAAUUUUGAUUGCUGAGGUGGGUGGCUGAAAGCUGUUUACCGUAUGUGAGGUCUGUGCUCCUUUCCUAUGGAUAAAUGUGCAAUUUUUCUAUGUAUUUUUUUAGCUGUGUAUUACAGUGUUUAUGUUGCAACUUUACAUGAAGCAAAAUCUAUAGAAAUCUUUCCCUUCUUCCCUUGACACAUAUUUGCGCUAAGAGACACCUUCCAUGGGAGGGUGUGAGUGUGUUUAUGCUUGUUUUAUUCAAAACUAUAAGUAUCUGUUUAUUUCAGUCUUGCAAUCCCAGAAGUCACUCGGACAAUGUGAGUGUCCAUAUACAUGUGUGCCUAUGUGUGUGCACAUGCAUGAUAGAAGUAGAGAGGGGCCAGGCUUCUGGGAGAACAACCUGUGGCAGACUUGAUAGACACGUUCUCUGCACCUAGUCAGUGAGGGAGCUUUUGGGACCCUCAACUACUAGUGUAGGGUUUCUUAAAGUCAGGACUGGCUGUGCAGUAUUACUUAGAUAGCACAUUAGUGGCCUUUUGAAAUUUCUGUUUUUAACAUUUUUAGCAGCCUUUCAUGUGAUUCACCUAUAUCAAAGAGUAUCAAGAACAGAAAAGAUUGUAUUUUCUUCUUCUUCUCUUUCUUCUUCUUUCUUCUUUCUUCUUUCUUCUUUCUUCUUUCUUCUUUCUUCUUUCUUCUAAGAGAAUGGGACAUGAGGCUCUAUUUAACGGUUGUCCCUGUCCUCCUGCCAGCAGUACAGGACUCCCAAAGGAGAGAGCUGGGUGGCCCACAAUGAGUAUUGCCUCCUCUAGUCAGAGUGCAGAGCUCUGCCCCUAAAAGUGGCCACAGAGUGGGCAUGCCACUGCAGGCCAGCAGUCCACUCUCUCUCAGUGUCCUGUGGCAUGGCUGUGCUUUGCUUAACAGACUGGGGUUUGGUUCACUUUAGCAUAGCCCAUGUGCACAUAACUCCUUGCCUAAUUAUACACUGAAGGAGCAGCAUGCCGACCACUGACCAUGUCAACCAGCACAUUCCCUUCCCAGCCUCCCUCCCCGCAACCCCAUUCCCUGAUUAUUUGCAUAUUGAGACACUUUCUCAGUGUCACUCUUGUGCCUUGCCCAUGUAAAUUUGAAUGUUGACUAUUUAAUGAGGUUUCAUAUUUAAUGAUGAAAGGCUCCUAAUCCCUCUAUUUGUUCUCUCUUUUCUUUUUCUCUCUGUUUUGACUUGGAUCCAAUCUUCCUCAUUUUAACUCUAUAGUACAAUAAGCAUGGACACCCUCUACCAUUAUAAUAUAACACUGGUAAACCAAGCACCCCUUUAUAUCAGAUAUUUAGUACUGUUUUUAUAUUCAAAUUUGUUAAGUAUAAAAGAUAAAUGCCAACUACCAUAGAAGGGCCUCAGGCUUCUCAGAGACAAGGGGCUACAUUAAUUUUUCUCUGAGUGAUGGCAGAAGAAUGUGAGGGAGAAAAGGGAAGGUGGUGUUACAGGUUAGAGCCAAAUAGACUAUGUAACUUAUGUCUGGGCAAGAAAUACUCAACAUUGAUCCCCAGAAUAUUUUUCCAAAAUAAUGUAAUUCAGUUAAUCUAAUAUCUCAAAUAUAUGUUGUUUUUGCAUUUCUAUUUUAAUUGUAAUAGGGACUUUGAAUUCAUGAACCCAAAAAAACCCUAUCCUCAGAUACAGACAGACAGCAUGUACACACACACACACACACACACACACACACACACUAGUAUGAGUUUUGGACUGUAACUAGUAUAGCACUUUAAGUUUUUUCAAGUACUUCAAGUCUUUAAUAGUGAUUGGAAAUUUUCUUUCUUUUCUAUUGAAGUCUGUACUAUAGUUUCUUCCAUUUAUUUUGAGAGUUUAAACAAUUAAGCUGCUAUUGAAACUUUUCCUUAAGCCACAUGAGCAAGAACAAUCUCUCUGACACAUUUGGGUGCUAGAGAAACAGGACAAUGGCUGGAGUAGCCAAGACCAAAACUGAAUGUAUAACAGAGUGCCUCAGCCAAGUGAUAACCUAGUCUAGGAAGGAAGAGAAUCAGAUGUUCCACAAAGAGGACUAGGACUACGAGUGAUCUCCCAUGCUAGUAUUGAGAAGAGCCCCUUUGGUAUAUGCACAGUAAUGCAAUGCCCAGGCACUAGUUCAUGAAGAGUGACAGCAGGAUGGAAAAAGAGCAAUUGUAAUCUGUGGAAUUGACAAUAAAAGAAUCAUGAGCCCUGGCUGUUUUGUUCAGUGGUUACAACAUCAGCCAAAGGGUCACGGGUUCGAUUCCCAGUCAAGGACAUGUACCCAGCCCCAGUAGGGGUGUGUGCAGGAGGCAGCCAGUCGAUGUCUCUCUCUCCCCCUCCUUCCCUUCCACUCUCUCUAGAAAUCAAUGGAAAAAAAUAUCCUUGGGUGAGGAUUUAAAAAAAAAAAAAAGCAUCAUGAAUAGGUCCACCAACCCCUAGCUAAGUUAGAAUUGGAAACCAGGAGCAUGGCCUUGGGUUUCAAGUUUUGCCCUCUGAAGAUGAACUGAGUGAGGUAUAGAGGGGGGGCACAAACUCCCACACUACUGAUGUUAGGGAUCUAAAAGUAAAAUAGAUUUGUUAGGAUUUUAAGAGUCUGAGUAGCUUUUCAUUGUCAGAUUUAAGUGGAGAUCAGUUUUGUUUCCAAACUCAGAAUAAGUUUGAGAUUUAAACCUCUAGAAAUAUUCAUGAAAUAUCUGGGAGUAAAGCUACCUAAAAUUGUAUUUCAAAGUUUUUAGUGUUAUAGGAUUCCCAUCAAAGAUCUUUGAGGCCUACUAAGUAGUAGGGUAUAGAAGGGUUGCACUCAUCUUCCCAAAUUGGUAUUAAGAAUACUUUGGUGCUGGGAAGUAACCUGCAACUAGGAUUUCCCCCUAGAUUUUACCAGCAAUGAUCUGAAAAAAAAUACAGGUUAGUCCUAGAAAUUGGGAUGGACUUAUGAUACUAUACUACAUUCCAAGUGAUUCUAGAUGUAUAAAUAAAGUAUGAAUAUACUUGGAGAGGGAAGAGAGGAACUUGACUCCCUUGGCCAAGUCUGACAUGUUUAUAUUCCCCUCACUAGUUGAUAAGGAUUGAAAAUUCUGGUCCAGCCUAAUGAGUGAACAGGAUGGCUUCCCACAAAACUGGGUUAUUAGAUUUACCUCCUUGAAGCUCAUAUUCUCAAAGGCCAAUAGUGCUGUUCCAAGACAAAUUCAAGUGCUGCUCCUCCUGAAGUCUGCACAGAAAUUCAGCUGUCCAUGUUUAUGGCAGCGCCAAAAAUGGGGAUUCCAUAAAUGUGCCAUACAAGAAACAGAAGAGCUGCAGUGCAAGAGCCUAGAUAGAAAUUGUACCAAAGAAAAUAGGCCUUUUUGUCCUGAUGCUUCUAAAGUGAUGAGGUUGAGUUACGACAUGCCAUGGAAGGAGAAUUCACAUACAUUCAAGGUAUUUGGCUAAUAAAGCAAUCCAUCCUCAAAAAAGAAUCUUUGUUUUUUACAAAUCCAUUUUGUGUAUUAGGGGGCAAAAAGAGGGAGGAGAUGAUGAGGAGGAAAGCCUUGGGCAGACUAUGAAGUUCCUUAGUAUUUAAGGAGAAACUAUUCCCUCUCCCCUUGUCAUGACUGUGUUUGUUGCAUGAACUUCAGCCUGGAAACAUCAUAUCCAUGUGAUACUGAGCUGAGGAUUUUUAAAAAGAGAUAUGGUAGUUUCAACAGGUUGGUUUAAAAAACACUUGAGAAAUUUCUUAACAUAUAGUAGUUUUAUAAACCUUCCUACAGAGGUGAUUACCACUCAUCAUCACUGUCAUCUAGUAUUUUAAGUGCCCAGAAUGUACAAGGUGCUAUACAGCUGCUAAACACAUCCUCUCUGCCGCUGUUUGAGAUUAGAAUACGUUUUUGCAUCAACCACUGCCAGAAGCUUUCCCCACCUAGGUGGACUGCAGGGGCCUGCAUUUCGACAUCCAUGUUUUCUUUAAGAAACUUUCAGGGAAUCAAAAAAGAUUGGAAAUGUUUUAAUCUAGCAGAAGUAUAGAGUCAUAUAUUUUGUUAUGAAUAUUAUUGUAUUAUGAACAAGUCACUUUGCCCUUAUAGUGUGUGGAAAGUGUGUGUGUGUGUCUGUACCCAUGAUAACUUGAAUGCUGAACGAGCCCUAGGCAUUAGGUUAGCAUUUUUAAAAGAUAUACCACACUGCUUCAGAAAACUUACUCCAGAUACUACUCAUUUAUCCCUUCCCUUACCAAGUUUAAAGAGUGUUGUGUGUGGACACACUGGUUUGGGAUUUUCUGUUGAUAUGCAUGGCAUUUGUGUGCUAAAUCAGGGCAGAAGCAAGAUGUCAUCUUUCACAGUGAUUUGAAUCAUGACAGUCUGCAUUCCAAUCUUUUUCAUUCCCCAUUGCUCUGCCCACACUUUAUAUUUGAAAAUGUUGUUUCUAUUGCUCUUUCCUGAAGCCUCGCCUUUCUACUUAGAGUUGUAUAAAUCUACCAAUGAAAGCUCCCCUCUGUGACCAGGUGGUGCUGCCCUUUGGUUUGCUGUGGUACUUGGCUGUGUUCUCUGUGACAUCAUUGUUACUCUGUAAAUAAAUUCGUUUUAAAAUAUGCUAAAAA